CGCCACGACACGGCCCGCGCGAUCACGCACGCUCAUGCCACUGGCGCCACUCAUGGAGAUCGACCUGCACGCCGUGCGCGCGGUGCGCGUGCUGGGCCGCGGCGCCAUGGGCACGGUCUUCCUCGCCGUGAACGGCGCCGGCGGGGAGGCCUACGCGCUCAAGGUCUUCGACAAGCGCUCCCCCGCGGUAGCGUCCAGGCCGUCCGCGGGCACCGACGCGGCGCGGCGCGCGCGGUGGGAGGUGUCCGUGCUGUCCAGGCUCGCGCACCCGCACCUGCCGUCCCUGCUCGGCUGCGCCGAGACGCCCGACCUGCUGGCGUGGGCACUGCCCUACUGCCCCGGCGGGGACCUGAACGAGCUCCGCCACGCGCAGCCCGACCGCGUGUUCUCCCCCGCGGCCAUCCGGUUCUACGUCGCCGAGGUGGUGUCCGCGCUCGCCGAGCUCCACGCCGCCGGGAUCGCGUACCGCGACCUCAAGCCCGAGAACGUGCUCCUCCGCGCCGACGGCCACGUCACGCUGACCGACUUCGACCUCUCGCGGCAGCUCCCGCCCAGGUCCCCCUCCGCCGCAUCCACGUCCACCUCCUCGUCGUGCUCGGCGACAUCGUCUCCGCCGCCACAGGCCCAGAGCCACGGCCGGAGCCAGCACCGCCACGUGAAGAACAUCUUCAAGAGAAGCGAGUCCGCGGUGACCGCGUCAACCUCCGGACAGGAGGAACCGCGCAACCUCGCCUGGUACCUGAGCAAAAGAAUCGACGGCGGCGCCGACCAGAUCAAGAAGGCGAAGUCGGCCAGGGUGUCGCCGAUGGACCGCGGCAAGAAGCUCUCGAGCUUCUGCUCCGCCGCAGCAGCGGGGGAGCGGUCGUUCUCGUUCGUGGGCACCGAGGAGUACGUUGCGCCGGAGGUGGUGCGCGGCGACGGGCACGAGUUCGCGGUCGACUGGUGGGCGCUCGGGGUGCUCGUCUACGAGAUGUCCCACGGGCGGACGCCGUUCCGGGGCCGGGGCCGGAAGGAGACGUUCCGGAACGUGCUGCUCCGGGAGCCGGAGUUCACGGCGGACGCGCGGCGGCGGUGGCCGGAGCUGACGGACCUCAUCGCGAGGCUGCUGGAGAAGGACCCUGCGCGGAGGCUGGGUUUCGCCGGCGGCGCCGACGAGGUCCGGGCGCACCCGUUCUUCGCCGGGGUGGCGUGGGACCUGCUCGGGGAGGUGUCCCGGCCGCCCUACAUUCCCGCGCCGGCCGAUGACACUGUCUCCUGCGAGGGAUUCAGCGUGGUGGAGUACUUCGAUAGGCUUCACCAGCCUCCGCUGUCGCCAGCGGAGUACUCGCCCGAGGAAGAGCUCUUGCCGGAGUUCUGACACUGGUUGUGCCGUCGCCGGCGGAGCACUCGCCCGAGGAAGAGCUCUUGCCGGAGUUCUGACGUCGGUUGUUCCGUUGUUGUCGCUCGAGAUUUGUGCUCCCUGUUGUUUUCGUUCUGCGCCCUCUAAGAUCGAUCACUAUGUGUGAACAGAGAGGGGCUUUUGUUAGUUAACCAAGAUACAGUCGAUGAUUCGACACUCGACAGAUGAGACUUGUGGUUUCAAGUCUCUCGUCAGUUUUUACUGUAUACUGUAACCGUAACUGAACUACUGAAGGUGUCAGGCACUGAUGCACGAAUAUGAAUUCCUUGUGCAU